AUGUCUCUCCUGGAUGAGAAAUGGGAGGCAAGAGAACCAGAGUGGACAUUCUCGACGUACGCAUAUCACAUUGCCAAAUGGAGUAUAAAUGUUCUUCGUCCCUCUGUAUUCGCCAAGACACCACGAAAAGAACUCACUCACACUUCAUGGCUUGACGGUCUUCGAGGGUUUGCCGCCUUUCUGGUCUACUGGCAACAUCAUCAAGGCUGGGCGCACGUUGGAACAUCCGCAAAUAACAUCCUUGAGACUUCUUUCGGUUACAAAGACCAAUAUUACUUUGCCUGUUUACCCGGAAUCCGGCUCUUCUUUACAGGUGGUCACGUUGCAGUCUCUGUCUUCUUCAUCAUUUCGGGUUAUGUGUUAUCAGCAAAACCUUUGGCGCUGAUACACGCUGGAGAAGUGAUCAAGCUGGGAGAUAAUCUUUCAAGUGCAAUGUUCAAACGAUGGCCUCGGCUUUUCCUCCCUGCUAUCAUAACGACAUUUGUAUACGCGACUUCUUGGCAUCUUUUCGGUUUAUGGACUGCAGUUCCUGUUCAUCAGAAUACCUAUGUUGAAGAGGUGGCUUACUGGUACAAUGAUUUUACUUGUUUCAGUUGGGUUUUCCGAGGGGGUAAUGUCCAUUACUCGAAGUACAAUUUCCAUCUGUGGUCCAUUGCGAUCGAAUUCCGAGGUUCCAUCGUCAUCUUCACUUCACUUCUGGCAUUCUCUAGAUUUAGACGGAAUGCACGGCUGUUGUGUGAAGUGGGACUUAUCUUCUACUUUCUCUACAUAGUGGAUGGAGUACUGUAUGCUAUGUUUACUGCGGGCAUGCUUCUUUGCGAUCUUGAGACGCUGGCCCGGAAUGACGAUUUGCCAUUAUUUUUCUAUACACAUCUUCGAGCCUACAAGAAAGCCAUAUUCUACAUAUUAUUAUUCUUCGGCAUUUACCUCAGCGGAGUCCCGAGCAUUGAUUUCCUCACCAGCAUUUCACUGUUGGAGGAGUCACCUGGAUGGAACUGGCUGGCUCAUUUGAAGCCGACAUCAGUCUCGGAAUCUGAUUAUAAAUGGUUUUAUCUCUUCUGGGCUUCGAUCUUUCUCGUUUCAUCCAUCUCGCAAACUCGUGUAAAAGCUUUCUUCGAGAUGCGAUUCAACCAGUAUUUGGGGCGGAUUUCCUUUGCUUUGUAUUUGGUUCACGGUCCAAUUCUCUGGAUACUAGCCGAUCGACUGUAUUUGGCGGCGGGUUUGACGAGAGAAAUCAAUGUUGAUGGCAUCAGGAGUUGGAUUGGUAUUUUCCCUCUCUCUAAGGCGGGACCAUUGGGGCUUGAGUUUGCAUUCUUGGCGCUGCAUUUGAUUAUUUUGCCUGUCACUCUUUGGGUGGCGGAGAUUUGUACGACUUUGGUUGAUAAACCUAGUAUUAAGUUGGCGCAGUGGGCAUAUAGAAAGGUUCAAGAGUUCGAGGUGACACAGGGUGGGGAAGAUUGACUUGCAGCUCGUGCAUGGUACUUUGGCAAAAUAAACAGGAUGGUUUGCGAGAGUAGCGAUG